GCGCCGUGUCGGGGAGCAGAGGAGGAAGGCGCUUCCUGGGAAGACGAGGGGCAAAUAGCGGACGGGGAUAUGUCGGGCAUUCGGGUGGGCGACCCGCGUAGGCGGCGGCGAGGCCCGCGUGCGGGGGGAAGCGGGGCAGGAGCGGCGUCUCGGGUUACGGGGUCGGGCAAAGGGUAAAGGUCAGCGUCCCGCCUGCACCUCUUAGCAAUGGCGGCGUCUGGGGAGCCCGGGAGUCAGUGCCAGGAGGAGGCGGCCGCGGUGGUAGUGGUGGGCUCCUGCAUGACCGACCUGGUCAGUCUUACUUCUCGUUUGCCAAAAAUCGGAGAAACCAUCCACGGACAUAAGUUUUUUGUUGGCUUUGGAGGGAAAGGUGCCAACCAAUGUGUCCAAGCUGCUAGACUUGGAGCAAAGACAUCAAUGGUAUGCAAGGUUGGCAAAGAUUCUUUUGGCAAUGAUUAUAUAGAAAACUUAAAACAGAAUGGUAUUUCUACAGAAUUUACAUACCAGACUAAAGAUGCUGCUACAGGAACUGCUUCUAUAAUUGUCAAUAAUGAAGGCCAGAAUAUCAUCGUCAUAGUGGCUGGAGCAAAUUUACUUUUGAAUACUGAAGACCUGAGGGAAGCAGCCAAUGUCAUUAGCAGAGCCAAAGUGAUGAUCUGCCAGCUAGAAAUAACUCCAGCUACUUCUUUGGAAGCCCUGACAAUGGCCCGCAGCAGUGGCGUGAAAACACUGUUCAACCCAGCCCCUGCCCUGGCUGACCUGGACCCCCGCUUCUACACCCUCUCCAGUGUGUUCUGCUGCAACGAGAGUGAGGCUGAAAUUUUAACUGGCCUCACGGUGGGCAGCCCCGCGGACGCCGGGAAGGCUGCCUCCGUGCUGCUGGAGCGGGGCUGCCAGGUCGUGAUCAUCACCCUAGGGGCUGAAGGGUGUGUGAUGCUGUCGCAGACAGAGCGUGUCCCGAAGCACAUUCCCACCGAGAAAGUCAAGGCUGUGGAUACCACGGAAACACAAGCGGUCUGCGAAGACCUCAGACCUGCGUGGACUGGACACACAGAAGGGGCUCAGCCUGCAUCUCAGUGCCUGUGUUAGUCGCCACUCCUCUCGGUUGUGAGCCCCACACGGGCCUUCGCAGGACAGGGGAUUUGGGUGGUGCACCUGACCGGAAGUGCAGAUGCAGCAGAUGUGGAAAAUUCAGCCAUGUCCUCACGGCUGGCUGGCGUGCUCUCUCCCUGCCAGCUCUGCCCCCUGGAGUGGGCUUUGAGCGCAGGCAGGUCUUCUGCUCGCAGAGGUCGCUGGCAGCUCCAUGCCCACACCGUGCCCCGUGGCAUGUCCCUGUCCCUGGUGUCAAAUAAAACUCAAAGUCUCAUCAGAGGAUGGCAGAGUGGUAGUGGUCAGACAAAACCACGUGUGCCACUGUAAAACAGUCAUGUGGAAACUCACUGCUUGCACGGGGGACCGGAGGCCAAGAGUAGCCCGGGAAACGUGGACGUGGACAUUAGUGGCAGUGGCCCUCCGAGGGAUUUCGUGUUGAAGGACUGACUUCAUAGAGCCUGACUGAUGACGGCAUUGACAGUGCUGAUUUCUGCUUUGUGCUGAUACUAUUUUGUGCCCUUCCGUGUGGAUUCUUAGCACUUGCAAUUGAGUCUCAGCUUCAGCAAACUGAAGGUGGUGGAAGGAUAAAGCCCACAUCCCAUUCAGGACAGGUGACCUUUGUUGUCUGUGGAAGCAACUUAACAGAGAAGAGGGGCUCUGAGACCAGGAGACUGGAGUCCAGUCCCUGCUCCUGAAAGCUUGCCGUCACUUAGUAGGUCAGCUGACCCCUCAAGGAAUCAGAUAGCUCACCCCUAAACCGAGCUCUCUGGGUCAGCCACUGGGAGCAGUAGUUAAGACAUGCCAUGUCAGGGUGCCCGGGGUCAAGGCCAGUUUCCCUUCCUAGUCCAGCUUCCUGACAAUGUGCACCCCCAGAGGCAGCAGGUGAUGGCCCAGUACUUGAGUCCCUGCCACCCACAUGGGACACCCAGAUGAAGUUCUACGCUCCUAGCUUCAGCCUGGCCCACCCUGGCUUUUGCAGGCAUUUAGGAAGUGAAUCAGCAGUUGGAAGGUCUCUGUCUCUCUAUCCUUGUCUCUCCUUUUAACAUAAAAUUGUAAAAAGUAUUUUUCAAUAAAUCAGAUGAGCUCAUUACAUUCACACUGUGAACUGAGAAGUGGUUGAGAUAGUUAGGAAGUAGUCUGUAAGGUUUCCUCUGACUCUAGAUUUUUGGUUCGGUGGUUAGAUGUUUUCAUUCAUUCAUUCAACAAAUACUAAUUGAGAUAUGACUGCAUGCCAAAUGCGAGAAAGAAGAAAUAGAAUAUCCCAUCUGUUUGAAUUUUUCUAGAGAUUUUUAGUUUUCCUGCAGAAUUUGAAGAUGGAUUUAGUAAUUGCUAUGUGGAAAGCUGCAGGAGGCUGAUGUGGUGUAUCAGGUUAAACUCUCACUGGCAACAACUGCAUUACAAUGGGUGCUGGUUCGAGUCCCGGCUGCUCCACUUCAGAUCCACCUCCCUGCUCAUUUGCCUAGGAAAGCAGCAGCAGAUGACCCAGGUCAUUGGGCCCCUGGCACCCAUGUGGGAGACCCAGAUGGAGUUCCUGGCUCCCGGCUUUGGCCUGGCCUCCUCCAAUUGUGGAGACCAUUUGGGCAGUGAACUAGCAGAUGGAAGAUCUCUCUCUCUCUUUCUCUCUCUGUCUCUCUCUGUCUCUCUCUCUCUGUGUCUCUCCUUCUGUCUCUAUCUCUCUGCCUUUCAAAAUUAAAAGAAGAAACCACACUUUAAAAAAAAAAACCUACAUAAAUUGAAAAAAAUGAAGUAAAAUUUUCCCUCUAGGUCAUCUGCAAUCUAAGGGAGGAAAAGUAUGAUUGAGUAAAUAUAAUCUCUGAACAUCACGUGGCUGUAAAUGCAUAGUCAUAACAAUGCAAGUGCCAAUUACUGAUUUGACCAAAAAUGGAGCUGUAAUCAUAUUGUGAAGAUGGAAGGAUAAAAUGAGUGUCUGCUUGGAUGCAUGAGGGAGCAGAGAAGAGAACUAAAUGUUCAUCUUCCAUAGUUGGAAGUCAAGAGAUAGUAUCUAAAACUGAUUUAAAAAUAGCAGUAUAAGCACGUUACCAGAAAUAUAAGAUAAAUACCAGAAGAAACCACUAAGAAUUUAAAGUAUUUGCCUCAUGGAAAUGGGAGUGGAAAAGAAUGGAGCAUUUACACUGUAAGGCUUGUCUUUCGAAACUAUGUACAGAAAUGGAUUUGACUUUAAAACAAACAAAAAAAUAACAACACACAAUGAGACCACUUCAUACUCACUGGGGUAGCCAUAAUCAAAACCAGAUGUUGACAAGUGGUGUUGAGGAUGUAGGUAAAUUAGACCUCUCAUACGUAGCUGGUAAAAAUGUAAAAUGGGGUAGCCACUUUGGUAAGCAGUCCAAAAGUGCCUUGGAAGCUAAUCAUGAGUUAACUAUAUGUUUCAGCAACUCUACUUUCAGGAAUAUACCAAGGGAAAUAAAAACAUGCUUCCACACAAAAAGUCAUAUACAAAUGUUCAUAUCAGUAUUAUUCAUAAUAGCCAAAAGUGGAAAACAUCCCAGUGUCCAUCAGCAGAUGAAUGGAUAAAUAAACUGUAGUAUAGCCACGCGAUGAAAUACUAUUCAGCCAUUAAAAGGAAUACUGAUACUUGCUAUGACAUGGAUGAAUCAUCAAAGCAUUAUACAAGGUAAGAGAAUCCAGAUGAGGCUGGCACUGUGGCGUAGCAGGUAAAGCCACCACCUGUGACACCAGCAUCCAUGUGGGUGCCGGUUCAAGUUCUGGCUGCUUCACUUCUGAUCCAGCUCUCUGCUGUGGCCUGGGAAAGCAGCAGAAGAUGGCCCAAGUGCUUGGGCUCCUGAACCCACCUGAGACACCCAGAAGAAGCUCCUGGCUCCUGGCUUCAGAUCUGCCCUGCUCUGGCCAUUGUGGCCAUUUGGGGCGUGAACCAGCAGAUGGAAGACCUCUCUCUCUAUCUGUGUGUGUGUGUGUGUGUGUGUCCUUCUCUUUCUCUCUGUAACUCUGCCUUUCAAAUGAAUAAAUCUUUUAAGAAAGAGAAAGAGAACCCAGAUACAAAAGGUCACACAUAUGAUUCCAUUUAUAUAAAAUAUCCAGAAUAGAUAAAUCCAUAGACAUAGAUCAUGGAUUGGGGCUCCCAGGGGCUCCGAGAGAGAAUAGGGAGAAACUGAUUACUGGGGAAGGAGUUUUGCUUUAGAAUGGGGAAGUGUUUUGACACGAUACAAAGAAGAUGGUUGCACAUUGUGAUCUAGUAAAUCCCACUGAAUUACACUUUAAAAUGAUCAAAUUAUUAAAUAACUGUUUUUUCAAGGAAUGAAAAUGGCAUGACUCAGCCUUGGAGGCAUUAUACUAGGUAAAAGAAGGCAACAUGAGAGCCCGCAUGGUGUGGGAUUCAUUUAUAUGAAGUAUCCAGAGUAGGUCAGUCCACAGAGACAGGAAGUAAACUGUCAGUUGCUGGGGACGUGGGUACUGCAUUCCUCUGGAGGAUGAUGCAAAUGUUCUGGAAUUCGUGGUGAUCAUUGGACAACCUUGCACAAAAGCUAAAACUCACUAAUAGGUGUACAUUUUAAAGAUUGAUGUAUUUAUUUGAAAACACUGAGAAAGAGAGAGAGAUCUUCCAUCUGUAGGUUUAUUCUCCAAAUAUAUGACCGCAAUGGCUGGCACUGGGCCAAAUGGAAGCUGGCACUGGGCCAAAUGGGUCUCCCGCAUGAGUGGCAGGGGCCCAAGCACUUGGACCAUCUUCUGCUGCUUUCCCAGGCACAUCGGCAGGGAGCUGGAUCAGAAGUGGAGCAGCCAGAACUCGAACCCGGCACCCGAAUGGAUGCCAGCAACAAGCAGCAGCUUAACCCACUAUACCACAACCUGGCCCCUAAAGUGUUCCUCUUAAGGAGUGAGUUUUAGGAUACUAAAUUAUAUCCCAACUUAGAAAAUUGCAAAUCAGGCCAAACAACAACCACAAAGCUGCAUCUGGGAACAUGCCCAGUGAGUGGGUCUCCUGAAUGGCCCUGCUGGGUCUACACAGUGGGCUCUUGGCAUCCUCCCCAUACCCGCUCCCCCGGGCAGGGCAGAGUUAAUACUAUCUGAUAGGAACCAGGGUGGUAAUUUUCCGGAUCAGGGUCUCCUUUUUCUUUCUUAUGCUCUCUUUAUCCUCUCAUCUAGCACUCAUUUUAAAAGUCUUCCCUGUUCUGCACACAACUGCUCAGCCUCUUACGCCUAACGGAGAGGAGCUGAUGCACACGGCGAGGUGCGGACUCCCAGGGGGGCGCUCUCUCCUCGCAGCCGGGCUCCCUGGCUGCCCUGGCAGGGGGGCAUUACUUGCUCUGGCUGCAACCUCACUGCUCACUGCCUCAUAACCCCCUACUGAGAAGUCAGGGCUGACACAGAUGGAAGAAGCAUCACUGGUCAGUCGGCGUGCUGUCCUCCUGCCUGGACGAGGCCAGGUCCUGUUCUGAGUUGGUGCUGGCUGCUGCAGACUGCUAUAUUCAGUUUUGCCUCGCCGCUAAUAGCUGAGUAUAUCACUUCUAUUUUUGCAUCUGUUUUUCCUGUUGUACUAGCCUGGGAUGGCGGCAGUAGCUGCAGAUGUCCUCAGCUAGGUUUGGAAGACGUAACAGAUGCGUCUCUCCCAUUUCUGUGUUCCUGAAUCUCAGCCGCCAAGUGACAGGUGCUCGUGUCCUCACUCUAUCCCUUCCAACCUGAAGGCAAGGAGCUUUGCUUCUUGUGUUUAGCCUUGCACCCAAUACCCUCUUCCUAGUCAGGGUUACCCCUGGGUAAGCACGGUAAUAUUUUAGGAUUAGCACAUUCAUGUGGUAUGAUGUAACAUGAGCUAGCCCUUGCCUAUACACUCCGCACAAUUCUUGAUAUAUGGGUUCCAGAAACAGAUCAGCACUCUCAUCUCGAGAUUCAGCCCAUGGGCCAAAUCUUACCUUCUGAAAAUGCACCACUGUAGAGUAACACAUCCUGCCUCAGAGUAUAGCAGGAGCUGAGAGCAAACAAGUCCGCGCUGGGGGAUGCAUCAUGCCCACUCUGUGCGUCCUUGUUUCCGCCCAUUACUUUUUUUUUUUUUUUUAAUUUUUUUUGACAGGAAGAGUGGACAGU